AAAAAUUUACCCAGGAGUAGUGGACAGUUGGAGAAGAUGGCGGCAAUUUUGCGAAGUGCCGCGGCAAAUGUUGCUAAUCGUGGUCAGCCAAGUUCCUUUUACAACAAGGACAAGAACAAUCCCGUUUUCCAAUCUCUUGACCAAGAAAUCAAGAAGUUUAUGGGGUAUAUGAGAAAAAGAAGUGCACCCGGAUAUAAAAAGCCAGACGAGGAACCGUCUUCUAGGCCUUCUGACACACUAUUUGAGUUGUGGAACAAGUAUGAACCCAAGCUUCCUAAAGAGUACUACCAGAGCAAGUUAUUGGAGGUGGGAGACUUCCUAGUGUUGGUUAAGGAGUACAGUAUUGCGCUAUGGCAGUGCUAUGAUAGAUAUCUGAUGCACUUUGGGAAUCUCAAUGUAGAGGAAAUAACUGAUGUAGAUGCCUUCAAGAAAAUGUUCUUCCCAGGGGGAUUUGAAUCAGACAAUGCCGGUCUUACUUUCCGAGCUCUGAUGGGUAAAAGCAUCAGUAUGUACCAGAUGGUGAAGGCUAGUGACCCCAAACUCCAGAACAAACAGUCUGUGGAGAGGUGUGUCCUCAUCCUGAAUUUCCUCAGACUUGUCAUGCAAGUCGUGCUUCCAAAAGAAACACUGUGCUGGCUGGUGUACAAUGGUACAGUUCACAUCUACAGCAUUUCACGUCAUCUCAUGUCUCUGGGGCACUCCUCAAGGGCCCUCGAGUACCUCCUCUGGGCCAGUAUGUGUAUGGAGACAUCUGUCCCCCUCCUGGCCGUGAAGUACCUCCCCUGGAGGGCCACCCUCUAUACUGCUGUCUGUCAGUGCUACUUUGACUGUAAACAAUCACAGCAUGCAGAGGCCUUUGCAAGGAGAGGGUUGGCCAAGAUUAAUGAGCUGAGUAACUUGGAGAACCUGAGUAGUUCUAUAGAGACUCCCCUAUCUGAAAUCACCUUCAGGACCGCCACUGUCAAGAUGGCCAUUAUGGUGUUUAAGAGAUCAGUGUAUGAGACAAGGAGGAAACCAAAGGCUUUACUGAGACCCAAAACAAGAGCUAAUCUGAAGGAGGCCUCCCAUCUGACUUGGCCCAGGACUCCUUCUGAGAAGCUGUUGGCAGACAUGUUUGAAGGCAGUGCAGCACAGUUCCUGUGCAUUCUAGAGAGUCUGACUGACACAAAUCGCCGGAUUCUUCUGACAUCCCCUCCAGCUUCUGACUCUGAGGUAGAAAUACUAGAUGUGUACGCAGAGCUCUUCAUGGCAGGGCAAGAAAUUCUAGCAGGUGGUGGUGGACAUCGGGGGUCAUCCAUCAAGCCAACCAGUAGUGUCCAUCUCCCUGCUCUGGCCGGAAUCAUCAAGGACUCUAGCGUCAUGGACAUGGCCUCAAAAGGAGAGGAUGGCAGCUCCAUUGAGGGAGCCAUUCGUCUGGUAAAGCUCGCCUAUAGCUUUGAACAAUGGGAGGUGUUUGAUACCCUGAUUGAGAAUGUACUGACCUAUAUCAGGAUUCUGAACAACAACAAGUAUAGCUGGGAUGAGAAGGCCUUGGAGCUCCUGUUGGCCAUGGAGAAAGUGAACCCUAGCAGACGACACAAACGUAACAUGGCUUCUGUUGUUGAUGAUGUGGAGAAGGAUGGAGGGCAAACUGCAGAACCGAAGACAGCACCGGAUUCUCAACCAGCUACCUCCAGUAGAUCUUAUAGUGGGAAUGAUGAUUUGAUUCAAGUAGCUGAGGUCAUGAUGUCUAUUGUUAAUGGGCCAUUUGUGCCCUCCAAGAUCGAGGUUGAUAUGGUUGUAGAUGCUGCUCUCUUUCUUUGGAACAAAACCAAGUCGGUUUUCCAGAAGCAUCAGUCCGGUUCAGCUGACAACCCAAAGUACCUCCAUAAAAUGGAGAACCCCAAUAAGUGGGUAUACAUUCUUGAUGUUGUCCACAAGGUCCUUUGUUGGUGUGGUAUCAGCAGUGUUGACCCAGCACUGACCGCAGAAGUCGUACUGAGACUGGCUCUUGUGUUUGAGAGCAGCGCUCACAUUGAUGACGGGUUUUUAAGAUCUAAGUUAGUUACCCAGAAUUCCAAGAUUUCUCCUGAUGAGGCCAGCACCCCCACAUCUUAUCGUUUAUCCAGUACGCGCGAGGCGACUUUUGCACUGCGUGGCUCCAAGAUGUCGCUGGAUGAGGUGGGACAGGAAGGAAGCCAGCACCACCUGGUGUCACGGACCUCCAUGUUGUCAUCAUCAAUGCUCAAUGUCAACCCACGACAACAGCUGCUGCAAGCUCGAGAUAUACUGGAACUCGGACUCAAGAAUGUGUCAUACGCUCGGCAGGCUGUAGCUCUGAGUGAUGGGAAAUCCAUUGCAGAUGUCAGCUGGGCAAAGUUGGAGGAACAUCAAAUGAUGUCUCCUAAGAAAGCUCCAACAAACUUGGAUCUGGACACAAAAAGUAUCGCAAGUGAUUUACUAAGUCUGGACAUACAGGAUGAAGUUUUCAGUCCAGAGCCUGUCUCUCAGAGAGACACAAACCGUACUGAGGGGGUAAAGUCAGCAGAUGAAGGGGAGGGGAAAAAAGAAGCCACGCCCACAGAGGAGGGUAGUAAGGGCUCAGCCACCGCUGUGUGGAAUACAAUUAAGGACCUUCACCUAGAGCUGAUUUUAAUGUACCACCGCGUCUGUCUGAAGCUAGCCUCCAUGGGACCUGACCCUGCAGAAAACAUCCCCAAACCAUUCAAAAGGAGAGACCUCUCUAAACAGGAGAGCAGUACAGAACUGAACCCUGCCUAUAUUGAUGAUUAUAAAGAAUUACUAGGAGCCUGCAGAAAGAACUACCUGUCCAAAGCCCUGCUCUUUAUGCAGAAAUCCCUCCUCCUCAGUAAUUCUGGGGUCACCACUACGGAACAGAAAAGUCUGCUGCAGGAUGCUGUCAGUAUGAUCCAGAAGAGUCAGAUAGAUGAGAAAAGGAUCUACACAGAGAACACUAAUGUUCCAGAAGUCCCAGACAAACCCCGCAAGGUGCCCCCUCCCCCCAUACUACUGUGUCGCACUGACACCAUGAUGGUCUUCAAACCUGCCCCCUUCUCCUCAGAGGAUGGGCAAGAGGUAGCCUGGUUCAGAAUCUUUGCUCGUUCAUCUACAGGCAGUAAUGUCAAGGUCAGAUUAAAUGACCACUUCUUCCCUGGGACUGGUGAAGAGGUGCCCAGCUACAGAUGUGAAUUACGAGUGUCCGGACUUCAGCCCAAUGAGCGUUAUGUCUUUGCUGUAGCUGCUUAUAACUCUGAUGGUCAGCUGAUCGGUGGAGGAGUGGGGGAGAGUUCUAAACCUGUCCUUGCCUCCCACCCCCUACCUGUCUUGAUGACAUGGGGUUUUCUUAGUCAGAUAGCCUACCAGGUUGGGUGUUAUGACAUUGCACGACAGGCCUGUGACGUCCUCUGGGGUCAUUUCAUUGCCAAACCCCCAGCUCCACAAACUGUGACCUUCACCUCUAAGUCAGAGGGACCUUUCAAGGUCUCAUUGAUGAAAUUGAACCAGAAGGUAGUUUGUGUUUCGUCUCCCGUUCUGUUGAGACAGUUUCUGACCAGUAUCUUUAUCAGUGUAGACAUGAGUGUUAAGGAAGGAGAACUCUUCUGUGAUGUCAUCAAUGAUAAAGGACCACUUCUUCAAGGACAGAUGAAGCGUCUGAGUGAGUGUGAGAAGAUGUUGGUGGCGCUGGAGUUGGCGGGGUGGCUAAACGAGGCUAAUCUGGCCCUACAGGCGGUGGUCCAGUGUUAUGGACUGUUGGCACCACUCAUCUUCUACAAGAUACCCUCUCUGGCGGUGGUGCAGGUAUUGCAGAGAUGCCAUGUGGUGCUGCAAGAAAUUCCUGCUGGCCUCAGACAAAAGAGACAACAGAGUAUAGCAGACAGCCUCCAUCACAUGACAGCGUGUAUAACCUACAGUAUGGCUAAGGUUUUGAGGUCGUGGGGUCACAAGCAGCUAGCUAACAACAUUAACGAGGCAGGUCGCCGUCUGCUGGCACUUGAAGGAGAGGACCCCAAGGACAAAAAACACAAAGAGAAGGAACAGACAGACAUAACAGAGAAGGGGGCCCUCUCAGGGGGCGAAACUUCUGCUGACGAAAAAACUGACAUGUCUGACUCAAUGCCACUUCAUGCACUGAAGAGGAAGAGGGCCAAAAGAAUGGGGCCGGGAGCCGGUAAAGAGGAAGCUGAGGGACCAGUCAAUGAGGAGCUGAAGGCAUUAGAAGCUCACAUGCUUAGUCUCUCCAAACAAGCCCAGUAUGAGCAUGAACUGUCAGGAUUUGAGGACCCUAGUAUUCUCCAUGCCUACAUAGCUUACCUUCCCAGUAAGCUGGCUUAUAGAGAGGUGGUGAAGUUCAAGCGUCGCCAUCGCUAUCUGGAGUUCUUUGUCCAGGUCGCUCAGAAAGCCCUGACAGAAGGAAUGGCCACCCAAGUAAUGGACUGGUGUGACGACACAUCGACGUGGCUGGCCAAGAGGAAUGAGCAAAUCAUUGGAAUGCGCCAAUACCUGGGUAAGCAGCCAGGUGUGGUCACUGUGUCCGGAGAUGACCCUAAGAGGUUUGCUGCCGCCAUGGUAGAAUAUACAAAGGAGAAGGAAAUGACAACUCCCAAAAUCCCAGGCUCGAAGAUCGCAGCUGCUAAAUCCAGCACCACCAAGCCAAGACGCCGCCGGCAGUAUAGGCCUGUCAUGGUGAACCCUAACAUGACAGACACCCAGCGCCAUGCCCAGGAAGAGGCAGAAUUAAAGGCUAUAGAAACUUUUACCACCUACUUCCCGGACAUGUAUAGACAGUGGCACAGGAAGAGGAAACUGAGGAAGAUGACAGUGGAUGAAAUGCCAUGGAGAUGUCAGUUGGUGUUGCUGCAAGGAAUGAGUCAUUUCUCAGCUUUUCUACAAAGACUGGAGACAAGAGAUAAAGUAUUGGGAACUGCCAACAUGUACAGAACCAACUUUUUGGAUGAGGAAUGGUUUGGUUUUGAGACAGCUGGUACCCUUGUUGUCGGCUGGGAGGGAGGACCAGCUAAACCCAUUGAGCCGCGAGGCAGAAAGAGGCUGGAAGAGGAUGAGGAGGGAGAGCUAGCCCGCUUACAGGCGUCACGCUUGGAUGCACUUGACUUGGCAGAGCAUGAGAGUCGCCCACGGACCACGGCUACUGGUAUUGAGAUAGCAGCUGCCCUAGCUACAGGAGAGGUCCCUGAACAUCUGAAGGAAACUGAAUCUCCUGAUUUGGCUGGUUCUCAGUCCCAGACUGAGACAACACAGGGUACCAGUACAGAGGGUACCAAUAAAGAGGGCAGUGCACCCCCUCCCAUGUUCUUCUACCCCCCAGAACAGGAGGACACCCCCAGGACGUACCGCUCAGAUGCUAGCAAUGCCCCAGCCGUCCCCAGACAGACACAGAAGGAGAUAGAUAAUGUCAUUAUAUCUACCAAGGAAAUCACAGAAUCCCUCACCAAGACCUUCGCUCACUUCAAGAAGGCUGUGAUCUUGGCUCAUAGGGGGCAGCACUGGACAUUGCUCCAGAACUCGUGCCGGACCAUGUGGAAUUGUGCCCAUACUGCACUGUUACGGGCAAUUGGACAAGAGGAUGGACUUCUGACUGUGGACAAUCUGAGAUCUAUAGUCUGGUUCCCUGUGUAUACUGCGGCUGACUGUACAUUAGACAUGUUGGUACAUCUACAAACAGAUCUUGAGAAACACGCUGAAAAGGCAAAGAGCAAGAAUCGUAAGCUUGGAGAUAUGUUUGAGACCUGGACAGGUGACAUCACGAAGGAGAAGGGCGGAGCCAGUCUGAAGUUUGAGGCUCCACUAGAUGACGCCAGUGUUUGUGACAUUCGAUUCAUCAGUCGAUUUGUCCUGAGGGUCCUGGAAAUGCUGUUCUAUGAGCAGAAAUGGGAGAAGUUAGUUGAUAUAGCCAUGCGAUUCAGUGGACUGACUAAUGACCGUUAUGCUGAACAAGUCAUUCCAAUCCUUGUCCAGGCCCAGAGACAAAUCGUGUCCCUCCUAGCUGAGCUUGGGGGAGAGGAACCCCCACAGAAACACUACCGUCAGCUGAUGCAGAGACUGGGCGGUGUGAUCACCUCUAAAAACUAUCUCCACACUCAGCUGACCUUAGUUAUUGACCCCAAUAACCUCCCUCCAAUCCCACCAGGGGCAGCUAUUGACCCACUUGGACACGGAAUAUAUACAAUUAAGGAUGGUCAGACUUCAGUUUCUGUGCCCCUUGACAUACCCCUCAGUCUGCAGACAUUACGGGAGGUCCUGGAUAAGUCACAGUACACCUGUAGGGCCCUCCAUCAUAGCCGGAAACUCCUCAUACUCUACCUGGCUGGCCAGCAGAAUGUUGGAGAUGGGUUCCUGAGUCGCCAGGUGUCUCGGGUAGAGUUUGUCCCCACCACAGCUAAACCCCAGCCUACCAUGCCCCCUGACAUCAGCCGAGAGGAAUUCACAGACAUGAAUGAUGUACUGACAACAUGUAUGCCAAGGUCCCAGCUAGGAACAGUCAUCUCAUCCUAUGAAAAGACAAUAGCUAUGUUGUUAGCCAAGAACCAGAGAAGUCAGGCAGCACAGGCCAUGCAUGAAUUGGGAAAUCUCCAGUACCAUGCCUCAAACAUCAGAGGGGCAUACAGAUGGUGGGCAGAGUCCCUUGACCACACCCUCAACACGACAGAUGCCCUCCACACCUGGAGGAACAUGAUGAAGGAUAGCACGGACAUCAGCUCUGACCUACUUAAGAGAUGUGGACUGUGGGGUUGUCUGCUGGGGGGCGUGUUAGCCUCCAACAUUGCACAGUACAUCUUAACCUCUGACCUUGGACUGAGAAUGGAAUGCUGUUUCCUGUCUGGCUAUUUUUUCAAGGCCCUAUUCCGUACCUCUCUGCCCCACCCCAGGGCUGACAGAGACUAUGCCCUGUAUGAGGUAGGGGAGGGCUGUGAGGUCACAAACCUUGUCCCUGGACUGGACCUGUUGUCAGAGAAGUUCCGUUGUGAUGGAAGACAACUGAUCGCUGCCAUCCGUUGGGUGACAGAGGAGCUGGCCAGAGGGAAGCAUAACCUGUUUGUUCUGCCCUUGCUGACCCUGAACCAGUACCUGACGACCUUUGUCUGUCGUGACCUUCAGAGGUCAGUGGAUGGACGAAUACUCAAAGUAAGAGUGCUCACUGACCUGCGACUGUUUAACGAGGCCUUUAUCACCCUCCAGCGACUUCUUCAUGGAGAGAGACUACCUCAGAUCGGAGACAGUCACUUCAGACAAGUGGAAUCUAAGAUGAGCUCACUGAAGUUUAACACGUCCAAACCUAUCACAGAGCCCGUCAACCUUAGGGUUCUGGAGAUGGUCCUAGAUAAGAGGUUGUCGUCCAGUCUGGCUACCCUCUAUGGACCCCACAUGACCUGUCACCUGUCCCUAGUACAGGCACACCUGUUUGUGUCCUUGGCAGACACCAUUCCUGUCAUCCCAAGGAUGGAGGAUGUCAUUUUGACAGAUGGACAGAAGGAUCUAAAACCUUUCACUAUCAGUACAAUCUCCCGCGGGGGACUGGGUUCCAAAGGAUUCAAAUUAUCCAGUAGCAGCAGUGGGGGAGCACGGAAAUCUACACGGUCAUCAACGGACACACGGAAAGAUGACGGGGGAGGGGAUGAGGAGGAGGAGGAACAUCACAGUGGUCAUGUGACCAGACGCUUCACCCAGAGUAAGAAACCCCUGACCCUGGAGCUGAUUAAAGGGACACUACUGACUAUGGCUGAUCAGAUGGUGACCACCAUUGCUGAGGUCAUUCUGGAGAAUGCAGAACACGACAAAUCUGGCCUGGACUCUCUGCCAGCAGCUGAGCUGGAGUUGGUUGUCCUCUGUAAGCUCCAGCAGGCUGUGAUCUCCCGCCAGAAACAACAUGCUCCUAUGGCUGCUCGGAUCAUUCUAUCUGCCCUCAAACUCCUCAAAAAUUCUCAGCUGUUUAAACCCAAGAAAGAAACUACAGUUACAAAGAGAGAAGAUCCUUUUGAAUUAUCGGCGAGACCAUCCUCUCUAAAAGGAUCAGGUCCCAAGAAGGACGCCCAUGCUAACGUUAAAAUCGUUCAUCCAGAAAAUAGCCAGUUCCAGUACCAGAACUUCCAGAGUCGGUCACGCUUGGACGCCCGGUUAUGGUUGGACUGUCGUCAGGCUCUAGUGAAGUGUCUGAUGAUGGAGGUCCGCAGCUUGGGAGAGAUCAAAGACCCUGAGACUAAGGUUCUACAGGAGCUGGCAGACUGUCGUCAGUAUUGUAUUGAGGGUCUGGGUGAGGCGGAGGCUUGUGGUGACGUAGAAAUGCAGGCCGAGUUCUUCAUACAGGGCGCCAUACUUAACAUUACAGAGGGCAAGAGUCUGGAACACACUGUAUCUCUGCUGCAGGAUGCCAUUAAGUUGUUGCAGAAAAUCCCUAAGUUGUCUGUCCCUGGGGAGCAGCUGUUGACCCGUGCCCUGGUCCUGAGGACGGACCUCGAGGCGGUGGAGAGGGACGAUGAGACGGUACUGUUCACGGAGCGUACACUGGAUCAAUACUUAGAGGCCCAGGACCUCAUACUUAAACAGUUGGAGAGACUAGGGGAGGCUAUUGAGCACUACUAUCCCAGUCAGAUGUCACAGUUCUCUGCCCCUGUUAGUCCUAUGAAGAACAUAUAUCUCCCUCAGUUGUUACAGCUGGUACAAAUCAAACUGAGGGUCGGACACGCCAUCAGCAGGAAUGCUGCCAAAUACAUCCGCAAUGGUUCAGAUAAGGACCCAGUACAGCUUUGGUCUGGAGCACUGGGAGUUCUAAUGACUGCUAGAGAACUGUCCCAGGCCAGUGUGACAAGGGAGGCUAAUCUGGAGGCUGAAAUCUUACUGAACCUAGGUAAAGUACAGCGUAUGUUGGUGUAUCACGGAAAGUUCCCACCAAGGAAAGCAGCAGAAACUCUGUUAGAAGCCAUUACCACCAGCUUCAAUAAUGACCAUGAUCUGGGACUGAUGAGACAGGCCUAUAUGGAGAUUGCCUUAGUCUAUCUGCAGAGUUCCAGUUUGAUUUCCUUAAAAGACAACAAUGGCCUGGAAUUUGUGACUGAGUCUCAGGAUCCACUGGAACCAACCAGUGCUAAAACUGACAGCUCAAGGAAGACCAAGUCAUGGAAGAGUAAAAAGGAUCGUCUGAGCAGCAGGACAAAGUCCAGUAAGAGUGAUGAAGUGGGUGACCAAGAGAAAGAACGCCGCGCAGCGUGGCUGGCCAUCAGGUGUGCCGCGGCGGUGGCAGAGGCUCAGAGAGCUCGUAUGUUACUGAUUGGGGAUGUUAGCGUUACGUCACAAAAACUCCCAGAAGCUGCUCAAGAGAACAUCCCAGACUUUGUAGCUUUGGAUCUUGUCAGUGCUUAUGUGUUAGGAGAGAAGAAGAAAGUGUAUAAAAAUGAAAUAGAGGAGGAGUUGGCUCCCUUGAUCGAGGCACAGGAAGUGAAGAAGGUGGAGACUUAUGAAGAACAAGUGAACCGAGCAAAAGAUGGAGCUAAAGACCUCGGAUGGAUUCACUUCUUAGGUUACCAGACAGUAUUACAGAGACUUUGUAGCACCUCCACAAUCUCUGCCUCCAGUGUCAAGUCUGACAACUCACCACAAGAUGACAGCGACCCAGGUGACCUAGGACCAGACUUUGACCUUGGGUUCAUAAGUCAUGCCCAGUGUGACACAACCAUGAACCAUGAUGUGGUGCGUUCUAUGUUGUUUGGUGGUAUCUGGUCGCGGCGCUCUGCCAAGCUUCAUACCUACCUGUCCUCAAAUCUACAAGUGUACAGUGAAAAAUGUUGUGCUGUGUAUCCCCCCGCAAAUCUCAGUCUGCCCACCGUAGCUGCUGUCAGGUUGGAUGCCAAUGUUUUGUACAAGUCCUACAUCCAGAACCUGACUGUUCCUACAGACCAAGAGGAGAAUGUCCAGACUGCUGGACAAGGAGUCACAGGGAAGGCCCCACCUCCUCCAGGAUCAAAUCUUAACCAGUACCAACCCCCGGACAAAACUGUCACCACCCCCACUGAGACUGAGGUGGCUGUACAGUUUUACCAGCCCUCAUUGGAAGAGAAUGAUCCCCAGAGACCUGAAGCUGUGGGUCCAGACUCCAGAAUCCUCUUACUAUUUGCCAUGUCCAACAAGAAGGUCAACCAACCAGGUGUCCAGUGGGUGACCUUGUCCCAACUGAAUGACCUUCAUGACAGAUUGGCACUGCUUGCCCAGAGAGGAGAGAUUUCACUGCAGGAAAAAGAGAAGAAAUCCAAGGAUCCUAUCACUCCGUCCCCUACCCCCACUGCCAAGGCCAAGAAGACCCAGAGGAUCAAAGCUCUGUCCCCCAAAGUUCAGAGAGAUGAACAGCUAGAGAGUUUAUUAAAGCAGUGUGUAGAUGAUGUGACCACCAUACUGGGUGUCCUGACUGACCAGGCCGAAACGGCCAGUACCGCAGGGGACAUUCCAUUUGAGGUGAGCCGACAGAACAUCAGGAAUCUGGAGGGUCUGUUUGAUCCAGGAUUCGGUUUUAUUCUCCGUGGAUCAGAUAUGGCUACCUGGCUUGUUAAACUACUAACCCAGCAGUAGGAACUAGACA